GUGCAUGAUCCGUACCUCACACCAUGCGGCCGGAAGGGUAAUUAAUUAUAUUCGUAAUCUAAUCUAAAAUAAUAACCCUUAGUCGGACAUGUUUAAUUAUAUUUAGAUUAGGCCGCCGGCCAGAUUGAUUAUGAAGGAAUAAAGUCAACCGGCAGGGCCAUUAAAAAAAAAAAAAAAACACAACCGGCAGUGAAGCCGGACCGAUAUAUGCUAACGCCGGCCGUGGCAAAGUCCAAUCCCGCUGCGGCUGCCGGCAGCGCCAUUGCCCAUUGAUCAUCCAGAUAUAUAACUACCUAAGCAUCACCAUAAAACAUCAGACAACGAAUUAGAAAAACAUCAUUGGACGACAUCUCAAAGUGCCAAAAUGGACAACUAUAAAUCGUUAAAUCGCCCAUAACAAAACUUUAUGGAGCAUUCCCUGUGUGAACCCAACAUAACCAAUAGACCCACCCACCCUAUCGAACUUGACAGUAAAAAGGUAAUAAUUGAUUAUACCGUCGUUGUCAACGACGAAAUGAGGUUUAAAACGAGUGACAUACAAGUGAAGAAAAAAAGUUAAUUCCGAUUUCCAAACACGAAAAAUUUAGUAAACCGAGUGACCAAACAUCUAAUUUAAACUCAAUCGAAAUCAUAACUUUAAUUUCCGGCGAUACAAUUUCAGAAAGCGAGAAAAAAAAAAACUGCAAACGAGCCGAGUGGAGCAGAUAGUGACGGCGGACGGCCGGCCAUCUCAGUCCAGCAAACCCAUCUCCUUAGUUAGCAUCCACGCGGCUGUUUAUCCGCUCCUUUCCAGCCUUCCAACCAACUCACAAAAUUGGGGGGAAAGAUUAAACUAAAAAAUGUCGUCGCCAUGACUCCAAAAGUCCAAUGCUCCCCCGCCAUUUCUUUAAUAACUCUCUGUAUUUUCCUUCCUCCAUCGCCAUCCAACCGUUUUUACUACGCCACUCUCUGCCUAUAUAUAAUCCCUUCUUCCCCUACCAAACCCUCAUCAAAUCCCACUGCAAAAUCAUCUCUUUCCCCUGCUUAAAUCACUCACAAAAACAGAGAGACAAAAAUCCCCUGUUUUUCAAACACAAUUUCUCUUUUCGUUCCAUUAGACAUGGCUCGUGCUUCUGGUAUUGCGUUGAUCCUAUUGGCUGUUAUCUCCGCUUCGUUUCUUUCCAACACGGAGGCGAGGAAGCUGAUGGCGACGAGCGGCGGCGGUGGAGCAAUAAGCUUGCAAGCUCUGUUCCAGAGCUUGCUUCUCAGUGCCCUUCCGAAGGGCACUUCUCCGAGCAAGAAGGGUGAGUCGACGACGACGUUUGAUAAUGUGGAGAAGUUCCAGAGGCAUCUUGUUCGUAUGGAUAGGAUCCUGGGCUCUGUUCCCAGCCCCGGCGUCGGACAUUAAUUAAUUACCUCCCCUUUCACUCUGUUUUGGUUUUGCUUUUUAUACAGUAGGAAACAGAGUACUUGAACAUUGGCGAUUUUUGUUUGAUUCCUAGGCAGUAAACUGUAUAGACACACUGAAAUCUCUUCUUCUUUUCUGGGUUUUCUUUGUUUUCGGUUCUUUUAUGCUCGAUUUGUACUUGUAUUGCGUCAUCACAACUCUGGGGAUUGUAUCUGUUAUCAUCAACUCCCCCUUUAUACGAAAGAGAAAUAUAUCAUUAUACAUCACAGAAUCUUUAUUCGCGUAACGCAUUCCCAUCCAAUUGGAGGCUUUGUGUGAAAUCCCCAGAGGCCGGCAGGAUUCGAGCUUUGCUUUUUUCGAAUUACCUUUAAUUUUAUGAUCACAGAUGAAUAGAAGGCAGAGUUCGGUUACACAUUUCCAUAUAAAUAAUAUCGCUUUCUACCUGCUCCAUUCUAAGGUAGUUGAUUGGCAGUUCGAUAAUUCAAGGGGAACUUAUUCCUGAAAAAGCCAUUGUUGCUGCCACCAAUUCAUUCUUCUAUAGGCUUCUGUUUGAGAAGGGUCUUUGGCAAUUUGAUGUACUCGACAGAGUGUGUAGGAAAAAUUGGAUCGAAAUACUCACAAACUCUUUUUAUUUCUUUACCUUCCCACAAUUCACAAUUGUUCAAACUCUCCCUUCUUUCUUUCUUAUUUGUUUUGUGUGGGAUGAAGAAACCAUAUAGAAACAAUGACUAUUUAUAGCCAAGUUCCAACACUAAAUUGUGGCCUAUACUUUGCCAAACUUAACUACCACUUCACACCUACUUAACCCCACAAAUAUAUAGGAAAAAAUCUCAAAGUAUACUUUGCCAAGUUCCAACACUAAGUGACCUUUUGAAUAUGUCUUUAGGGAAAGUAAUUUUGCAGCCGAUUACUUAGCUAGUGUUGGGCAUAAGUUUCCUUUCGGCACACAUUCAUUCGAUGUGUGCGACCAGAAACUUUGCUAUUGGCUCUCUUAUGAUGUAAUGGGUAUCUCCCAUGAUCGUUUAAUCUAUAUGAAUUAGGAUGCUUCGCAUCCACUUUCUACCAAAAAAAAAAAUUCCCAAAAUACAUAAGUUAUAAAAAAAAUUCCAAAGUACACAUGUUUCACAUUCAUCGUUUUUUGACAAACGCAGUGAAUACAAUCACCGCGUUAGACAAACACGGUGAACAUUUCAUCGUUUUAAAUUAAAACGAUGACGCAUUCACCGUCUUUUACUAAAACAGUGAACAAUUCACCGCGUUUAACCAAAACGAUGAAGACAUCACCGUGUUAUUUAAAAACGGUGAGCAAAUACCACUAUUUGUACUUUUGGAUCUUCCAAAUCAUUCCCGCAGGAGAUCCGGACCCAUUUUUUUCUGAUCCUUCGAUAAAAAGAUUCAUUCUCUUCAUAAAAAAUAGGAGGUAGAACCCAUAGAGAUUUCUUUUUGGAUUCAUCCCUGGAGUUGAAUACCUCAUUCAAGAUUUUUUUUUUAUCCAAUCCGUAGGAAUCAAUAAAAAAAGGCAAAUCCCUUAUGAUACACCGGUCAUUUGUUUAAUAUUUUAAUAUAUAGUUAAUUAUUAUUAAUAUAUUAAUUCUAUAAAAUAUAAAAUAAACA